AUGGCUCGGGGGCGGGGAGGAGAGGGAGGAUGACGUAACUGUCGCCCCUCCGGCCCCGCGCUCGGGCUGCCUCAGUCUUCCUCCUGGACAAUAAGCACGCGUCGCGUCGGGAAGCGCCUCCUGGGCUGUGUGCAGGCCCCUGGCUCAUUCUCAAGCAUUGGCUCUUCCCCAAAAUGGGACUACAGAGAGUGAGGCGGGAGUGACUUUUGGGUUCCUGACAGCAAAGAUUCAGUGGUUCAUUAUGGCUGUGAAUCAUGCACUACCAUUGUCUCAGAAGAAUUCAUAUUUUGAGAAGACUAAAGGGCUACAGAAGGACAUGAGAUGGGUAAACAUUGCAGCAUAUUACCAGUAAAGAAUUGUGCCUAAGAAUCACCGCAAGAGUUGUCAACCCAAAAAGUAUGACUGGAAAUUGAGGUGGACAAGUCACGCAGGGAGAAUGAGGGAUGAGAGAGGGCUGUCUCCCAGGCUGCCCAGGUAAACCUAUGUGAGAAGAGAGAAGAAGGUUCCUGCUUAUUGGUUGGAGCAUUUGUGGAGGUCUUUGGAUGAUGGAAACAAAGACAAUGCACGCUGAGGAGAUGUGCUUGGAUUCCAAUUGUGGCCAUUGCAGAGAAGUAUCCUUACCAAGAAAGUCAGAGAACCCUGACAUAUUGGAGAAAAGCUUUUCCUUAGAACUGGGCACUGUUUGAUCUCUUUAUAUUGAAUCAGUGACAUUCAAAGACGUGGCUGUGGACUUCACUUGGGAGGAGUGGGAGCAUCUGGAUCCUGCCCAGAGGGACCUGUACAGGAAUGUGAUGCUGGAGAACUACGAGAACCUUGUCUCAGUGGGAAUUCCUGUCUCCACAAUGGACAUGGUCUCCCUUUUUGAGAAGCGAGAGGCGCCAUGGAUGCCAGAGGGAGAAGUCUCCAGUGGCACAUGUCCAGAUUCCUGUAAUGAGAAGACCAACUUUGAACCCAAAGAUUCAAAUCCAGGGCAGGCCUUUCGCGUGGGAAUGUCAUCCAAGAUAAGACUGGGCAAGGAUACAGAAGAUUGGCGUUACAAGAUGAGAGAAGCAGGUGAAGGUGAUGUUAAGAUAGAGGAGCUGAAGCCUACCCAAGAGGGACAGUGGAGACAAGAAAUAGUCACUCCCAGAACAGUGUACAAUCAAGUACAUGUACCUCAGCACAGUGCUCGAAAUGUUAUUUUUGUGUCAGACUUAGUUGCGACAUCCAAAGGGAUAAUGGGAGAAAAUCUCUACAAAUGUAAGUCCUUUGGAAAGAAUUUCAGGGGUGAUUUUCCUUACUUAAUUACAUAUGAUGCAUUCUCCCUCCGAAAAGAACUUUUUAAAUAUACCAAAUGCAAAAGGCCCUUUAGUUACCAUUCAGACUUAAUUAAAUUUCAUAGAAUUCACGCUGGAGAAAAACGACAUGAACAGAAUGAAUGGGGAAAAUCCUCUGAUAGAAGGUUAGAUAGUAUUGAAUAUCAGAAAAUUCAUAGUGGGGAGAAAAACAACAAAUAUAAAGAUGAGAAAGUUUUUGGCUAUAGGGAAAGUUUGAAUAAACAUAAUGUAAUUUAUACUAGAGAGAAUUUCAUUGCAUAUAAUGGAUGUGGGAAAGCUUUCAGUGAUGAAAUCCUUACUUCACCUGUAAGGAUUCACACUGGAGAGAAAAUUUUCUCUGAAGCUAAUGAAAGUGAGAAAACUUUCAGUGUGAGGGGAAUUAAUAAUAGAGGGAAAUCCUUUGUGUAUGAUGAAUAUGGCAUAAGCAAAAGGGAAUCGCUUAUUAUGCAACAAAGUAUUCAUGAUGAAAAGAAACCCUUUGCAUAUAAUAAAUGUGGAAUAGGCUUCCAAAACAGCAUAAACCUUAAUUCCUAUCAGAAAACUCAUGCUGGAGAGACACUUUUUGGAUAUAAUGAAUUCAGGAAAGACUUCAAAAAGAGUGGGAAUCUUACCACACAGCAGGGAUUUCAUAUUGAAGAGAAACCCUUUGCAUGCCAUGAGUGUGGGAAAUGCUUCAGACAGAGUGCGUAUCUUGUUAUCCAUCGGAGAACUCAUACAGGAGAGAAACCUUUUACGUGUAAUGAAUGUGGGAAAACUUUUACCCAAAAGGCAAGCCUUAUUACUCAUCACAGGACUCAUACUGGAGAGAGACCCUUUAUAUGUAGUGAAUGUGGGAAAACUUUUACACAAAGGGCAAAUCUUAUUACUCAUCACAGGACUCAUACUGGAGAGAAACCCUUUGCAUGCAGUGAAUGUAAAAAAACCUUUACUCAGAAGUCAAGCCUUAUUACUCAUUACAGAACUCAUACUAGAGAGAGACUCUUUGCAUGUAAUGAUUGUGGGAUUGCCUUUACCCAAAAGGCAAACCUUGUUGCUCAUAGAAGAAUUCAUACCAGAGAGAAACCGUUAGCUUCUAAUCUACGUGUGAAAGGCCCUCAAAAGAAAAGACUUAGCCAUCAGGGGACUCACACUGGAGAGAAACCCUUUACAUGCAGCGAAUGUGGAAUAAGCUUCCGAUACAAAGUAAACCUUAGUAUCCAUCAGAGAAUUCAUACAGGAGAGAAACCCUUUGCAUGUCACGAAUGUGGGAAAGGCUUCAGACAGAGUGCACAUCUUAAUACCCAUCAGAGAACUCAUACAGGAGAGAAACCCUUUGCAUGUAAUGAAUGUGGGAAAAGCUUUACCCAAAGGUCAAACCUUAAUAGCCAUCAGCGAACUCAUACUCAAGAGAAACUCUUUGCAUGUAAUCAAUGUGGGAAAACCUUUACCCAAAAAGGAAGCCUUGUUACUCAUCAAAAGACUCAUACUAGAGAAAAACAGUUUAUAUGUAAUGAAUGUGGAACAGGCUUCCUACAUAGAGUAAGUUUUAUUGUUCAUAAGAGAAUUCAUACUGGAGAGAAACCAUAUAUAUGUAAUGAGUGUGGAAAAGGCUUCAGGCAGAGUGGACACCUCAUGAUCCAUCAGAGGACUCAUACUGGGGAGAGACCCUUCUCUUGCAAUGAAUGUGGGAAAACCUUUACCCAAAGAUCAAACCUUACUAGCCAUCAGAGGACUCAUACUGGAGAGAAGCUCUUUGCAUGUAAUGAAUGUGGGAGAGCAUUUACUCAAAAGGGAAGCCUUGUUACUCAUCAGAGAACACAUACUGGAGAGAAACAAUUUGUAUGUAAUGAAUGUGGGACAAGUUUCCUUCACCGAGUGACCCUUAUUAUCCAUAAGAGAACUCAUACUGGAGAGAAACCAUAUGCAUGUCAUGAAUGUGGGAAAGGCUUCAGGCAGAGUGGCCACCUCAUUACCCAUCAAAGAACUCAUACUGGAGAAAAACCCUUUGUCUGUAACGAAUGUGGGAAAACCUUUACACAAAGGGCAAACCUUACCAGCCAUAAGAGAAAUCAUGCUGGAAACAAACGCUUUACAUGUAAUGAAUGUGGGAAAACUUUUACCCAAAAGUCAAACCUUAAUACACAUCGGAAAACUCAUGCUAAAGAGAUGCAUAAUGAAAGGGAGAGAUCUUUUACUCAGAGGAUGAACCUUAAUAGCUAUCAUAGAACUUUGACAGGAUAAAAGUCCUUUGUAUAAUUAAUAUAGAAAGGGUUUCAGGCAGAUUAGAUAUAUUAUUACACAAUAGAGAAUUAAUCCUGGACAGACACUUUAUAUAACAAAUUUAGAAAUGUCUUCCAUGGGAGGGAAUAAUACCUCCUUGUAUAUUAGAGCACUUAUACUGGAAAAAGCACUAAAAUGUAAUAAAUAGAGUUGCACCAAAUUUUCAUUAUCACUGUGUUGGGUGGAAUGUCCUGGGUAUCUGUGCUUCGCUUUGAAUUGUGUAACAUUUUAAUGAUGACUUGUAUAAAUAGUAUACUCAUCAGAUUUUCAGAUGACUUGUAACUGAGAUAGAUAGCUAACACUAUAUAAGAGAGCUACCUAACAACAUUGUCACACCAUUGGGCUAAAAAAUGAAAAUCAGUAGCAAUAAAUGCAAAUACUUAGAGUAAGGUACAAAAAACCCUACUUCACAAAUGAAUGUUUCUUAAGUACUUACUUUUUUCCUGGCUGUAGAUAUAAAGAAAUGCAAAGUAGUUGUUGGCAUCAAGGAAUUGACAUCAGAUGGAGAAGGCAGCAUGUAAAAGAACUACGUACAUAAGAAAUAUACAAACUAAGUGGAAGGUGAUUUCUCAUUCCUGGGUGGAGGUAAGGAAGGGGAAGAUACAGGUAUGAGGUAACCCAUGCAAACCCACAGGUAAAGAUGAGGGAGUAUUGUGUGGGUAAGCAGCUAGUAAGCAGACCAGCAUAACUAGAUCAGAAAACCUAUAGAGUAGAGCAAAGUGCUCUCUCUCCAUAGAUACGAAAGGUAAUUUCUUCCUUGUUCCUCUAAUUUGCUUGUAAUUUCGCCCAUUAUAUCUAAAUCCCAUAUUCACUUAGAGUUUUUUGUUUUCCUUGGAGUUGUUUUUUUUUUUUUUUAAUCACAUGUUGAGUCCUUAGUAGUUAGGAUCUUUGAGUUUAUCAGAAAUAUACUUUUAUUGGUUUGCUUCUCUGUGUUGCAUAUUUAUUCUCUUUUAAAACAAAUAGUUUUAAUAAUAAUGCUUUGUAAUAAUUAUGAUUGUGCCCUUCUAUAUCUCUUAACACUCAGCACAUAGAAGAAGGUGCUUAAUAAAUGUUUAUUUUAUUGAAAGACUGAUUUAUUUUUCAGGCAACACAUUUUUAAAAACUCACUUCUCCCCACUCUCAUUAAGCAAUUUUUUUUAAUAAAAAAAAUCCUUAAUACAUGACUGCAUAAUCUGGCAAAAUCAUUUCCCGUUGUCUGUGUCGAAAAUGUAUGUUUCUCUGCAUUUAAAGUACGUUUGCUUUUCUGUGAGGUGGGAAUUGUUAUAUUUCAUAUUAAUUUUUGGAAUUGUGGUUUUUAUUUGUAUUCAUAAGACUUGUAACAUCUUUUGAGAAUCGUUUUUUCCUAUAACAUUAUUGUAAAAUAUGUUCUAGUUCUGUUGACUUCACUUUGCAUCAAUUCACAGAGAUCUUUGUUUACUGUGUAACUAUUCACUUUACCAUUUAUUACGGCAAAAUAAUAUUCCAUUACAUCAUUAUGCCACAAUUUAUUUAGCCAUUCCCCAAUAGGAGGAAUUCCUUAUUUUUGGCUACUACAAAAAGAUCUGCUAUAAAUAUUUUUGUACAUAUUGAGAUUUUUUUUUUCCUUGUUGACUUCUUUGGGGGUACAGAGUUAGUAGUGAUCUAGCUAGGUAAAAGCUCAAGCACAUUUUAGUAAUUUUUGGAUCAUAACUGAAUUGCUUUCCUGAAUGACUGAACCCAUUUUACCAGCCCCAUCAUAAGUGUACCAGUGAGUGUAUUUUCCCAAUAGCUCCUUCAGCAUCAUUUUCUACAUUACUCAUCUUUUCUAGUCUGAUAAAUAUG